CCGCGCCGCGCCGCGCGGACUCGAGCCGGGGAAGCGGGGCUGGGAGCCCGCAGCGCUCCGGGAUGUCGGGGGCCGAGGCCGCGCUGCCGGCGGAGAAGGAGGAGGAGAGCGAGGAGGAGAGCGAGGUGCUGGAGGAAAGCCCCUGCGGGCGCUGGCAGAAGCGCCGGGAGCAGGUGAACCAGGGGAACAUGCCUGGAAUUCAGAGCACCUUCCUGGCCAUGGACACGGAGGAGGGCGUAGAGGUGGUGUGGAAUGAGCUGCACUUCACAGACAAGAAGGCCUUCAAGGCCCACGAGGAGAAGAUCAAGACCAUGUUUGAGCAGCUGGUGGUUGUGGAUCACCCCAAUAUUGUGAAGUUACAUAAAUAUUGGCUGGAUGUGAAGGACUCCAAGGCCCGGGUGAUCUUCAUCACAGAAUACGUGUCCUCGGGGAGCCUGAAACAGUUCCUGAAGAAAACCAAGAAAAACCACAAGGCCAUGAACGCUCGGGCCUGGAAGCGCUGGUGCACACAGAUCCUCUCCGCUCUCAGCUUCCUGCAUUCCUGCGAUCCACCCAUCAUCCACGGCAACCUGACAAGUGACACCGUCUUCAUCCAGCACAAUGGCCUCAUAAAGAUCGGCUCAGUCUGGCACAGGGUAUUUGCAAAUGCCAUCCCUGAUGAUCUCCGAAGCCCCAUCAGGAUUGAGAGAGACGAGCAGCGCAAUUUGCAUUUCUUCCCCCCGGAAUAUGGCCAUGUAGCUGACGGGACAGCUGUGGACAUUUUCUCCUUUGGAAUGUGCGCCCUGGAGAUGGCGGUGCUGGAGAUCCAGUCCAAUGGGGACAGCCGAGUCUCAGAGGAGGCGAUUGCUCGGGCGAGGCACUCCUUGGAUGAUCCCAACAUGCGGGACUUCAUUCUGGGGUGCCUGCUCCUCAACCCGGACAAGCGGCCGACAGCCCAUAACCUGCUCUUCCACCAGGUGCUCUUUGAGGUCCACUCCCUCAAACUGCUGGCAGCGCACUGCUUCAUCAACAACCAGUACCUGAUGCCGGAGAACGUGGUGGAGGAGAAUACGAAGGGGCUGGACCUGAACAUGGUGAUGGCGGAGAUCCGGCUAGAGGGGCGGCCCGCAGUGCAGUGGAGAUACUCAGAAGUCUCCUUCCUGGAGCUUGACAAGUUCCUGGAGGAUGUCAGGAAUGGGAUCUAUCCCCUGAUGAACUUUGCUGCCACCAGGCCCCAGCUGCUCCCGCGUGCGCUCUCCCAGCCUCAGGAGGACCCCCAGAAAGCCAAGACGCCCACCCCGGAGCCUUUCGAUGUGGAGACGAGGAAGGUGGUGCAGAUGCAGUGUAGCAUGGAGAUGAAUGAAGAGAAGACCCAGUGGCAUCUCACGCUCUUGCUAACCCUGGAGGACAAGCUGCACCGACAGUUGAGCUACGACCUGCUGCCAACUGACAGUUCCAAGGGCUUGGCCUCAGAGCUGGUGCACUACGGAUUCAUCCAUGAGGAUGACUGUGAAAUGCUGGCCAACUUCUUAGAAAAUGCUUUUCACAAGCACCGGUCUCCUCCCUUGUGAGUCACCCCGAUAAGUUCUGGGCAGACAGGUGCCCCCAAAGGAGGAUGGGAACUGUGCCAGGCCAGAAGGAACUGUAGGGCUCUUGAUCAGGCUUUCCGCUGCAGAGGUGACCUUGCUAUUUGUUCCUGGCUGUAUCUCUACUGUCCAUCCAACCUGUGAUUCAGAAUGAAAAUGGCAAGAAGAGAAAGGACCAGCAAACAUGAGACAUUACCAAGAACCCGCCAAGAAUGUGCUCUCUAGUCUCCACUUCUGAAGGAGGCCAGGGUGAGCGGUGAGGUGGUUUUAGGAGUGGAGGAUCAUGCAGGAAGCUUUUGGUUGGCAGGAUUUUUGAAGAUGCAAGAGCCCACAUUUGGUAAAUUUACCUCUGGGAGCAAGAAACACCUUCCCUGUGGGCACUGGGGGCCAUCACUUUGCUUCCUCAGCUGGAAGUGGUCACAGCAGGAGGUGAAAGAGUGGGGGGAAGUGUAGGUUUGGGAGGAUCUUGAGCAGUUUCCUGUCUGCCAUAUUCCACCCCUUUUCCAGAUCUGAUUCCUCCUGCUCUGCUGGAUUCCCCCAGGGCAAAGGAGCCAUUGCGAUGCCUUAUAAGAACUGGACUCCCUCUGCUAGGCUGAGGAGAGGACAUUGUGAGCUUGACUGAAAGGGCAUGGGAAGAAAUUGCAGGAUUCCAGAACCAUCAGGUGGUUCAUAAAAUAUGGACCAACAGAACCACUACUGGUGCUGAGCACAGCCUCUGUCAUUUCAGUUAGUGAAUUUUUGGAAGGCUAAGAGACAAAGUCCUAGGGAAAAGCCUUGAUGUCUCUUCCCUGUUUCUCCUGUGAAAUGUGGAAUUUCCAUCAUUAGACGGAAGAAUGGGGGCAAAUAUAGCUGCUGAUUUGUCAGGUUCAAGAUUGGUGUAUUAUGCAAAUAGGAAUUGUGUAUCAACUGCUGUGCCAUGCUGCUCUGCCUGCACCUUGCUGCUCUGGGUGUACUGUUCACAGUAUGCCAUAUGAGCCAUACUGCACUGACGGUAUCAUGCUAUGCUGACUUUCUUACACUGUGCCUGAUUCCCUGUCUAGUACUGGCUGUGUAUGCUUUGCCACGCAGCACAGACUUUAUCAUGGUAUGCUAGGUUUGCCAUGCUAAGCUGCUUUGCCAAGAUGUCUUGGCUGUUUAAUUACGUGGGUUUUCCAAGUUGUGCUAACUUUGCAGAUACAGACAUUUCAAUGAAUCAGCUGAAAAGAACAAACCGCAUCACAAAACAUAACUGAGUGACCCACUUGGAGUCUUUGUGGAUUGUUUACUCUCCCCAUUACAC